AUGAGUGAACAAGAGAGGAAACUCAUUGAUGAACGAGUUAAGAAAUGGGAGAAUGAACGUCCGAUAAUUCGUACCAUAAUUAGCGAUCAAAAGUUCAAGCAGCAUACAUUUGAUUUUUUGCGCGAUAUAUAUAAUGAUCUUGCUUUUGAUUACAAUGCUAGGCAAUACUUUGAGAAAGAAUAUGUUCAAAAAGGUCGUAUUAAUUUCCCAAUGAGAAGAGAAGGCUUUUUGAUUACAUCAACAUAUACACCACGUGGUAGAGACCCUUUUACAGACGCGGUUCGUAACUUUAAAGUACGUUCUUCUAUUAAUGAUGAUCCAGAUUUCUACAUACCUUAUAUUCGUCCACCUUCACAUCCUUUACGAACCAGUGAUCCCGGAUAUGACGCUAAGCGAAUAUAUAUAGAGACGAGAUUAGCUAAAUACAAGGAACCUAAGGAUCCAAAGACUGGUAAAAUAAAGGAAUCACAUGUCAAGAUAAAUAAGCUUUACAAAGUAGUUGAAGAAUUGGAGAAACGAUCUAAUGAGAUUAACGCUGAGAAGAAAAAGGAAGUACCAAAUAUGAACAAACUAGAUAAGAUGAUUAAGGAAUAUAGAGGAUUGGCGAAUACAUCGAGUGUUCUAAUAAAGGAAGUAGAAAACACGACAAAGCUGCAGAAAAUGAUUCAUGAUGAAUUACUGUUAGGUGAAUUUUCUAUAAAACAAAGAGAGAGUAACUUAAUGGGUGAGGCUUAUUAUUUGGAGAAUUGGUAUAAUGAGAGGUUAAAACAAAUGUCGACUCCAACACCAACUCCUACACCUACUCCUACAGUAGCUCCAACACCAACUCCAACACCAACUCCUACACCUACUCCUACAGUAGCUCCAACACCAACUCCUACACCUACUCCUACAGUAGCUCCAACACCAACUCCUACACCUACUCCUACAGUAGCUCCAACACCAACUCCUACACCUACUCCUACAGUAGCUCCAACACCAACUCCCACUCCUGAACCAACAGUUGCUCCAACACCAACUCCUACAGUUGCUCCUACUCCUGAACCAACAGUAGCUCCAACGCCAACUCCUACAGUAGCUCCAACGCCAACACUGACACCAACUGCUCACGCAGGUCCUCCACCAUUGUCGAGUAGUCAUGGUAUAACAUUAAAUAAACCAACACCUACACCAAAAAUAA